CAUCGAGUCGUAACUCACGGCAGGGCAGACGCGCAGUAGCGGACCAGAGAGAAAGGGAUCUCCACUCCGCGGCUCCUCCCCUUCCGAUUGCAAUCUGGGCUCCGCGGCGAGGGAGAGAUGGGGAAGAACCAGGCGUACAAGGCGAUGCAGCGGUCGCGGCUGGGGUCGUCGUCCGGCGCGCCCGGCGCCACGGACGCCCCCGAAGACGGCAUGACGGACGGUUCAUUUCAUUCUCCAGAGUGGCAUGCGGCGCGCCUGGCCAGCCUCAGCAAGACGCACACCGUCACCUGGGAGGAGUUCAAGAAGAAGCAGAAGGAGGAGGAGCUGAAAAGGGGUGAGGUGGAAGCUGACAAAGAUAAGAUGAUGAGAGAGUAUAGAGCUCAACUGGAUGCUGAAAGGGCUCAGAAGCUAGGGCUUGGAAGAAAUCAUUCAAGGUCAAAGUCAAAAUCAUCAUCUUCCAAGAGAGAUAGGAAGGAUAAGGAUGCAAAGAAAAGAAGUAAAAAGAGGAGAAAGUGGCGGGAUUGGUUGGAUGCUGCUAUGGCGGAUGGCACGGGGAUGGUGGGGACAAGGUAUUCAACCAGAUCCAAUUUGGUGGUCCUCUUGGUUGCAUCGAGUGGCAAGGGGAGAACAAGCACACAUAUGUGCAGAAGUUCAUCAGAUUCAAGUUCGAGCUCAUCAUCAGAAUCAUCAAGCAGUGAUGAUGAGGGCAGCGGUUCAAGGAAGUCAAGGUCACGGUCUAGAUCGAAGAGAACAAAGAAGGAAAAGAAGCACCGGUCAAGGUCCAAGCACACCGGCAGUGAUAGUGAGGAGGAAGGAGGUCCAGUUCGUCUCUCUAAAUUCUUUGGGAAGUAAAGAAUUAGAUACUGUAUCCGAGAUGCUUUCGACCAAUUAGCUUGUACUCAUGGGAUCUCUUUCCAUUUUAAACUAUACAUCGCCAGCAUUCGAUUCAGAUUACUGCCUGAAGAUUGAGGAACCAGUUACCGUGAUGUUGUCUGGAUAGAAUGCUUAACGGUUGAGGGUUCGGUUAAAUUGUCUGGCACUGCACCUUGUAAGAAAUGUCCAUGUCAUUGUUAAAUUGUUGUACCUGAUAUUGGGAGGAUGUGGUGCCAGUAUUUAAAACAUUGAGAAUUCGUACUGCUAUGUUUAUCUUCAGACUUCAAAUG